GGUUUGUUUAUGCACUGAAAAGCCAAAAGCGUAAUGGCGGCGGACGGGCAGUGAUGAGCAGGCGAAAAUAGGAACGAAUCCACCUACACCCUCGGAAAGAGUACGUGGUGAAACCUAAGCUAAAUUGCUCAUCGCGAAAAUGCAGAUCACUUUGAAAACCCUCCAGCAGCAGACAUUUAAAAUCGACAUAGACGAAGAGGAGACGGUGAGUUGAAACCACCAUGCAUUUGUUGAAGGGGGUGGAUGGCUUCGGCUAAGUUACCGUUGGCUAGCAAGAGAGCUAGCUAGCACACAUUCUUAGCUAGUUUGACAUGGCUAGCUAGAUAACUACUGUAGGUAGCGAAGCAACUUAAACAUGUUAAAGUCCCCAUUUCAAGUAGUGUAUUAGUAGUCCUCUUAACAUAAAGUAGUAACACCCAUCAUAUACACUUAUUGGGGUUUUAUGAUGUCCAAAAAAUCUGAAACUUGAGGAAAUUGUAACUAACGUUCGCUAAUUUAGGCUAGCUUUAGCUAGUAGCUACCUAAUUAGCUCAACUUUAUCAAUCUCAACUAGCUAGCUAAUUAGCUAACGUUAUGUCUUAUUAAAUAACCUUUCUCAUGGAUAGCUGCAAUUUACGUUUACUAUAGAUAUUUAUUUAAAACUGCAACUUUUGGGUUUGUGUUAUAGCUAGUAAACGUUCGCUAGUUAACUAAGUAACAGUUAGCCAUCUAUUCUAGUUAGCUAAUUUGCUAACGUUAGCCACACUUAGCUCGCUAGUUAGCUAAACAGCUGCUGCCUCACUAUUUAUGAAGCAGUUGGAUAGUUUGUUAGUUAUCUGGCUAAUUAAUAAUUCAGAUCAUUGAUCCAUAUAGCUAUCUAACGACAGCUCUAUAGAUUUGACACCAUGUAUUUCUCACAAUGGACUUCGAUCCCUUCAUGCAUUGCCUGUCUACAUCUCAUUUUCUUUACAGGUAAAAACCUUAAAGGAAAGAAUUGAGAAUGAGAAGGGAAACGAUGGUUUUCCGGUUGCAUGGCAGAAGUUGAUAUAUGCAGGUACAGUUUCAGUCUUUUAUUCCCAUACUCUACAUUUUGUCUGGCAGUAUGAUAAGGACUUUGAUUUAAAAAAAAGAAUGCAUAAAAAAAUCGUUGUGCUGUCAUAAUAUAAUUGCGUAUCUGUUGGCUUGCCUUGUGGCACACUGAUAAGAGAGCUGCGUAAGUAUGUCAGUACACAGGUUGUCAUCUCAAUGUUUUCAUGUAUACUGAACAAGGAAACAUGUAAAGUGUUGGUCCCAUGUUUCAUGAGCUGAAAUAAAAGAUCCCAGACAUUUUCCAUAUGCACAAAAAGCUUAUUUACAUUUUAGUCAUUUAGCAGACGCUCUUAUCCAGAGCGACUUACAGUUAGUGAAUACAUUUUUUUUUUUUUUAUACUGGCACCCCGUGGGAAUCGAACCCACAACCCUGGCGUUGCAAACGCCAUGCUCUAUCAACUGAGCUACAUCCCUGCCGGCCAUUCCCUCCCCUACCCUGGACGACGCUGGGCCAAUUGUGCGCCGCCCAUGAGUCUCCCGGUCGCGGCCGGCUGCGACAGAGCCUGGAUUUGAACCAGGAUCUCUGGUGGCACAGUUAGCACUGCGAUGCAGUGCCUUAGACCACUGUGCCACUCAGGAGUAUAUUUCUAUCAAUUUCUGCACACAUUUGUUUACAUCCCUGUUAGUGAACAUUUCUCCUUUUCCAGGAUAAUCUAUCCACCUGACGGGUGGAAUAUCAAGAAGCUGAUUAAACAGCAUGAUCAUUACACAGGUGCACCUUGUGCUGGGGACAAUAAAAGGCCACUCUAAAAUGUGCAGUUUUGUCACACAACACAAUGCCACAGAUGUCUGAAGUUUUGAGGGAGCGUGCAAUUGGCAUGCUCACUGCAGGAAUGUCCAUCAAAGCUGUUGGCAGAUAAUUUAAUGUUAAUUUCUCUACUAUAAGCCGCCUCCAACGUCGUUUUAGAGAAUUAGGCAGUACGUCCAACCAGCCUCACAACCGCAGACCACGUGUAACCACACCAGCCCAGGACCUCCACAUCCGGCUUCUUCACCUGCGGGAUUGUCUGAGACCAGCCACACAGACAGUUGAUGAAACUGAGGAGUAUUUCUGUCUGUAAUAAAGCCCUUUUGUGGGGGAAAAACUCAUUCUGAUUGGCUGGGCCUGGCUCCCCAGUGGGUGGGCCUAUGCCCUACUAGGCAUCCCCAUGGCUGAGCUCCUACCCAGUCAUGUGAAAUCCAUAGAUUAGGGCCUAAUGAAUUUAUUUCAAUUGACUGAUUUCCUUACAUGAACUGUAACUUAGUAAAAUCUUUGAAAUUAUCGGAUGUUGCUUUUAUAUUUUUGUUUAGUAUAAUUAUGUUAUGGGAAUGGAGCAAUGCAGUGUUCAAUCUGUGUAUGUGGCAUUUUAAAGCUGCAAUGUGACUUUUUGGGGGACCAGACCAAAUUCACAUAGAAAUGCAAGUUAUAGAUCUGUCAUUCUUAUUGAAAGGAAGUAUGUGGUAGAUCGGUUCAAUGUACACUUUCUAUGAUUCCCAGUCUUGAGUUUCGUUUUUUGCUUCUUUUACUUUCGGUUUUGUACACCAGCAGAAAAUACAAUAUUUUUGGUUAUGGAAAAUAUAUUUCACAGCGGUUUAGAUGGUACAAUGAUUAUCUACACUUGUUUUGUGACAAACUGAAUUUAGGCUAACUAUUAGAAUUUUAGCAACCAGGAAAUGGAGGAGAGAUGUUGGCAUAGUGCAUCUUUAAUGUUUCUUCUCCACUAUGACUUAAAUUAUAGGUGUCGGGAUAUCAGUGUUCUCCCCAGGGAUAGGCUUCUGGGAAUUUUAUUGUCUUAGAAUGUCAAGGUUAUUGAAGCAUUUUUGGCUGAUAAAUGACUAUCUUCAUGUUUGUUCCUUGCAGGGAAAAUCCUAAAUGAUGACACUGCUAUUAAGGAUUAUAAGAUUGAUGAGAAGAACUUUGUGGUUGUCAUGGUGGCAAAGGUAAGGUAUUAGAGAUGUUGCGAUCUGUCCACAAAAAUGAUAUGGCCUUCAUUGCAGGGGAGAACUGUUUUUUCAUUGUGAAACAAUUUUCAUACACACUUAAGACCGUAACACGCACACACCUGACCGUAACACACAUACUGUGGCAACCACUGAUAAUGGCAGAUGGACUUAAUUAACUUUCCAUGUCGUUGGACUUGACUGUGUGUAUGUAGUAUAUUUCCUAGGCCUGUCACACAGUGUUAAUUUAAUCAACAAAAAUUGUGCCAAAUAUUCAUCAAACACCAAUUUUUCAGUGGCAAUUGAUGAGAUUAUAACUGAUUAAAUAGACCCAGAAAAAAAUUAACGUAAAUAAUUUUUCUUUUCAGUUGAAUAAAACGAGACUAAAUUAUCUCUGUGACUAAAAUCUGACUAAGUGGACUGGACAAUAGUUUUUGGAGAGAUUGAGAGCUUUUCAGUGACGAGCACAAUUAAUAUUAGCAGCACGGAUGCUCUGUUCAACAUUGGGAAGGACACGGCACACACAGCCUAGCCUACAUCAGUUAUUGUCAUAGAUUUUUCAAGCAGAUUUAAGUCAAAACUGUAACUCGGCCACUCAGGAACUUUUAUUGUCUUUUUUGGUAAGCAACUCCAGUGUAGAUUUGGCCUUGUGUUUUAGGUUAUUGUCCUGCUGAAAGGUGAAUUCAUCUCCUAGGGUCUGGUGGAAAGCAGACUGAACCAGGUUUUCCUCUAGGAUUUUGCCAUUGUUUCUUUUUUUUGUCCUGAAAAAACUCCCCAGUCCUUAACGAUUACAAGCAUACUCAUAACAUGAUGCAGCCACCACUGUGCUUAAAAAUAUGGAGUGGUACUCAAUAAUGUGUUGUAUUGCAUUUUCCCCAAACAUAACACUUUGUAUUCAUGACAAAAAGUUAAUUGCCACGCCACAUUUUUUGCAGUAUUACUUUAGUGCCUUGUUGCAAACAGGAUGCAUGUUUAGAAAAUGUUUAUACUGUACAGGCUUCCUCCGUUUCCCUCUGUCAAUUAGGUUAGUAUUGUGGAGUAACUACAAUGUUUUCUCCUAUCACAGCCAUUAAACUCUGUAACUGUUUUAAAGUCACCAUUGGCCUCAUGUUGAAAUUCCUCAGCAGUUUCCUUCCUCUCCGGCAACUGAGUUAGGAAGGACGCCUGUAUCUUUGUAGUGACUGCGUGUAUUGAUACACCAUCCAAAGUGGAACUAAUAACUUCACCAUGCUCAAAGGGAUAUUCAAUGUCUGUUUUGUUUUUUUAUUCUUACCCCUUCUUUGUGAGUCAUUGGAAAAUCUCCCUGGUCUUUGUGGUUGAAUUUGUGUUUGAAAUUCACUGCUCGACCGAGGGACCCUACAAUUAUAUGUAUGUGUGGGGUACAGAGAUGAGGUAGACACUUAUUGCACACAGUGAGUCCAUGCAACUUAUUAUGUGACUUGACAAGCACAUUUUUACUCCUGAACUUUAGGGUUGCCAUAACAAAGGAGUUGAAAAGUUAUUAACUCAAGACAUUUCAGCUUUUCAUUUUUUAUUAAUUUGUAAAAAUUUCGACAAGCAUAAUUCCACUUUGAUGUGAUGGGAUGUAGGCCAGUGACAAAUCCAAAUUGAACUAAUUUUAAAUUCUUUUAACACAACGAAAUGUGGAAAAAGUCAAGGAGUGUGAAUUCUUUCUGAAGGCACUGUAUGUUUUUCCUUCCCUUGAGUAUAGAAAAGUAUUUUUAUUUGUAGUCUCGCUCAACCAUCGCGCUUUCGUCACUGCAUUUCAUAGCCAGGUUCUUUAGCCAACGUACUAGUCAAAUCUCCCUAUUUUCUUCAGAUUGUAGCCAUUACUGUUCAAAACGUAUGACCCAUAAUACCGGCGCUACUUAUUUUUCUUUCCAUUUUGCCGCAUUUUACAUUCAUAAAGCAUAUUGCGGGCCGUUCUAAAACAAGGCUAUUUGCGGCCCGGAUCGUUAACCAUUUGUUUAGGCUACGCCUUGUUCAUUCAUGUUACCUCAUUAGCUAGCUAUAGCUGACAACCUGGGGCGCGUUCAGCAGGAUCCAACGUUUUGAAACUUUCAGAUAGAAAUAUGCUAUGUAGAACAAACAUGCCUCUCUGACAUGUUGAAUAAGGAAUAACGUCGGCUCUAUUUUUGCAACUGAACGUGGCUUCGGUAAAUAUGAAAAAAUAUAGAUGGCUCCAUUAUCUUUUCUACUUACUUUAUAUCUGGUUUUAGUUGUUUAAAUUUACACUUAAAGCGUUUUACCAUCCAGAAAAGUAUUUUGUAAAACACUUUAUAAAUAUAUAUUUUUUGGAGUGGCAGCCACGAGUUUAGCAACGUUGGCCCACCGCUACUAAAUGAAUAUAGUUGAAACACUGAUUUAUGUUUACUAUAGGUUAAUGAUGCAAUACAAAUGGAUGGUCAUUUAGUUCACUAAAAUGGCCCAUUUGUUUUUGUCAUUUUGACAAUAACUAGACUAAAUCCUCAGUCACAUUUUUGUCAUUUUAAUUAAGACUUAAUUAUAUUUUACUCUAAAUGACUGACUAAAUCUUUUUUUUAAAAUGAAAGUGCCAAAAUGAACUGUCACACACACACCUCAAUAUCACACUGACCUAAUGCAGAUUGCAUCCCACUGUGCGGAGUGGAUUGGAAUCAGUUGUUACAGCCCCCCUCCCCAUGCACACAGGUGCAGCAACAGUUCAUGAAAUGAUUGAAUAUCCUACCACACUGAGCUACAAUAUGUCCCUUCUGCACAGUUUGAGUGUCUAAAGUGAUCAUUGGCAGCAGGGAGUUUUCUUCUAAAGAUUGAAUAGUAAAGGAACUAUUGCUACCUCACAAAGUGAAAGUGACCUAAAAUGAAUCGCAUUAAUUCCCAAUGUGUCCAUGUCUGUAGCCUAAAGCAGAUCACAGGCUACUUACAUGAAAAAAGCCAUAUUGGUUAAAUCAUUGUUACUGUAUCACCUAUAGGGCAUAAGCGUUCUUAAGAUGCUUUCGAAAGCAACAAACACCGAGCGCUGUGGGGAUUCCCUUUUUUUCUCUAUAUAGCCUAAAGCAGCCCCAGCAGCUUCCCAGCCUUCCGAUUCUGCCUCCACCACCUCCUCCUCCUCCAGCACUACAGCCCCCACUGUACCCACUGCUGCCUCGUCAGGCUCAGAGAACCCACCAGAGGGGUCCAAACCAGCCGAGGAGAGGCCCUGCAACACUUCAGCCCCAGCAUCAACCCCCACCAGGUAGGUCUGGUUUGGCAGUCACUGCUGUGUCCCAAAGGACACCCUGUUACUUAUACAGUGCACUACUUUUUAUUUUAUUUAGUGCACUACAUGGGAAGUAGGGUGCCAUUUGGGAUGCAAACAGUGUUAUGUUGGCCUGAAGGACCAGCUGGCAGCCAUUAAUAGGAAGCUGUGGUUACCAGGCCCAUUUCAACGGUAGCCUCAUGCAAAAUGUUUGAAACUGAGAAUUUGUGUUCUCACUGGAAAAGGGGACAUGAAGGCACAGACACACCGCUAGAGAGUACUUAGCACCUCUGUUCAGAGUGCCAGUCGUCAUUUGCAAACCGAUCCUACAUGUAGAAUCAUGCGAAAAUGUCUGCAGUCGCCCACCGGGUGGGUGGUCCCUAAAACACACCGUACCGAACGAAUAGCAGAUUGACAUUCGGUGCUGUGUGCGCCCUCCCUAAGACAAGGGACCAGAAGAAUAGUUGACAUGUUGCUAGUGUCUGAGCUUAUAGAAGGAUGAAUGCAUCUCUUUAUGGUUGUAUUUUAGUACAGGACAUACCAUGUGAUGUACUACAGAACAGUACUCAUCAGCGUCACGCUCCUUCUCUUUCAGUUCCUCUGGUCUAUUGACAAAUGUGAACAUGUUCGAGGAGGCAACUUCUGCUCUGGGUAAAUGGUCUUCCUGUUAUAAGUUAACAUAAUUGAGUGUAUAGAUUAUAGGUGAUGGCUGAUCCUUUAUCUCCUCUGUAGUAGUUAGGUAUAUAGCCAUGUGUCUUGGUAGUCUUCCCUGUAUAAAUGUAGAUUGAGGUGUGGGGCUAUGCCUUUCACUUCUUUAUCUGUUUUUAUUAGGCUAUGUUUAUGAUGUCAUCUGAAGCUUUCAGAAUCUCUGAUCAAAAUGCCGUCUGAUUGGUUGUUUGUUCUUCCUGCUCCUCAGUGACAGGCCAAUCAUAUGAGAACAUGGUGACAGAGAUGAUGCUGAUGGGCUAUGAGAGGGAGCAGGUAGUGGCAGCGCUCAGAGCCAGCUUCAACAACCCAGACAGAGCUGUGGAGUACCUGCUUACAGUAAGAAUACACACACACACAGCUUUAACAACACAGAUAGCUGUGGAGUACCUACUUACAGUAAGAAUACACACACACAGCUUUAACAACACAGAUAGCUGUGGAGUACCUGGUUACAGUAAGAAUACACACACACAUCUUUAACAACACAGAUAGCUGUGGAGUACCUGCUUACAGUAAGAAUACACACACAGCUUUAACAACACAGAUAGCUGUGGAGUACCUGCUUACAGUAAGAAUACACACACAGCUUUAACAACACAGAUAGCUGUGGAGUACCUGCUUACAGUAAGAAUACACACACAGCUUUAACAACACAGACAGAGCUGUGGAGUACCUGCUUACAGUAAUAAUACACACACACACAUCUUUAACAACACAGAUAGCUGUGGAGUACCUGCUUACAGUAAGAAUACACACACAGCUUUAACAACACAGAUAGCUGUGGAGUACCUGCUUACAGUAAUAAUACACACACAGCUUUAACAACACAUAUAGCUGUGGAGUACCUGCUUACAGUAAGAAUACACACACACACCCAGCUUUAACAACACAGAUAGCUGUGGAGUACCUGCUUACAGUAAGAAUACACACACACAGCUUUAACAACACAGAUAGCUGUGGAGUACCUGCUUACAGUAAGAAUACACACACACAGCUUUAACAACACAGAUAGCUGUGGAGUACCUGCUUACAGUAAGAAUACACACACACAGCUUUAACAACACAGAUAGCUGUGGAGUACCUGCUUACAGUAAGUAUCACACCAUCCACUUCUCUAGCCUGACACGCCUUUUUAUUCCGUAUGAAUGGUCAUGUGAAAGAAAUGCUAUAACCACCCCCCAACCACAUCUAGCUAAGUGGAUGGGUCACUAUUGUCUAGACAUGUUCAUUAAAUACAAUAGAUGGCCGUAAUCACCCCGAGACACACCUGGCUAACUUGGUCGGUCAUGUAAUCAUCUGGCAAAGUGGAGUCUUGUUUAGACAUGUAGGUAGCUAGCUAAACAAUGAACCCAAUGGUGCUUUCAAGACAACUGGGAACUUUGAAAAAUACGAGGUCAAAUCAUGACGCCAGUGAUCUUCAGGUCGGAAAGUCGGGGCUCUAGAAAGAGGCCUGAUUUCCAAGUUGGAUGACCGUUCUAAACUAUUUUUCCCAGUCGCUUGUUUUUUUUCUUCAGAAUUCCCAGUUGUCUUGAACGCACUGAAGUCAGAAGUCAGAGAUUUCCGAGUUCCCAGUUGUUUUGAACGCGGCAAUCCCAACCCAUACAACCAGCAACACAAACUGAUUGUCAUAGCCAGCCACCAUGCAUGUAUCUGCAGGUAGCUAAAGCUAACCAACUAGGUUCAACGAUAGCUAGCUAGCUAACAUUAAGCUAUAACUAGCAAUGCAAAUGGAUUUCUGAGAUACAAAUAUUAUUCCUACACACGUCUUGUUAGUGAGCGAGCCAGCCAGCCAGCUAACGUUAGCUAGCUAACGUUAGGUAGCUAACAGUAUGAUUUAACUUGCAAUGAAACUACUUUCGGACAAAAUUUGAAACGUAUAAUAUCUGAAAAUGUAGCUAUCUAGACUCUUACCUGUAUACAUGGAUAAACGUUUCUUCCUCUGUCACGGAUGCCAUGGUUGCCCUUAGUUUGAAGAUGUAAUCCGGAGACAGGUGUUUUAUACCACAGCCUUCUGUGUUCUCUUUUCGACUCCCUCCGCAUAUUUGCAAUCAAACGCCAGAAUUUUCUCAAUCUCCUUAGCUAUCAUACUCUGCUUCCACCGGGCAUUCCACUGAUUUCAAAACUCGGUCAACUUCUUCUGUGACAACAACACUGUUGAUUGCCAUUUCUUCCCCAUCACUGUCAUCAGAAACAACACUUUUGCAGCUCUUCAUGAUAUCUUUCAAAAAAGCCGCGGUGGAAAGGAUUAUCUACACAUACUGAGCAGCUCAUGUUAUAGACCGAAGCACGGCAGACCAAUCUGAACUCAUCUCUCGGCAUGUUCAGCCCAUCCAUUAUCUCAGCCAAUCAUGGCUAGUGGGAAGGUUCCUGUCUUUUUCCGUGGCUAAACCAACUAGGCUCGUAAUUUAACAAUUUUAUUCGUAUUUACAGAUGGCAUGCAAGUUUAUUAUGGAACAUGAAAGUUCACGUUCCAGAAGGCAUUUCUGCCAAAAAACGCAUUUUGAUAAAAAAUGAAUGUUUACGUUCAAAUACCUCUCCUGUGAAGUAGUGACGUGCGACAUACGCCUAGCUUCCUGAAACGUGUUCCAAUGAUAUUGAUUGGUUAUGCCAUAGUAAAACUAACAAAAUACCCCCUGUUUUUUAAGUACUUCAGGUUUCUAUUUUAUGACGGUUUUCAUCCACAUGUUCCUUAGAGCUGGAAUGAAGCAAGCUAGAUUCCUCCACAUAGUCUGACAGCUCUUACGUUGUAUCGCUAAUUCGGGAGUGAACGUUGUCCUGUGGUUGUUCUUCUUCAGGGGAUCCCAGCUGGGGAGGAGGGAGAUGCGGGUGCUGACUCAGUGGUGCCCCCUGUGGGUGGAGGAACUCCAGCUCUCAACACAGGCAGUAUGACCACCCCCGCCAGCGUUGCAACAGGAGGUGAGUGUGUGCGCAUGCCUGCCUCUGCACUCCAUGCGUGCACAUGUGUAACAACACUUCUGUGUGCUGUGGACACACAGAAAGCUUUUGAUGCAUUUCUAUUCUCUCUGAAUAAUAAGAAAAUUGUAACCUAUUGACUGACAGUUCUCAGCAUCAGACAGUUAGAUUUUGAUAUGCCCUCCAUGUUGCACUGUAUCGAUUGUUCCAUGCCAUUAGCGGUUUGUCAUACUGGAGUUUAAAACACUGGUGUGCUGCUGUGAACUCUGUGGAAAUGGAACACAGAACUCUGUGGCUCUGUGGAAAUGGAACACAGAACUCUGUGGAAAUGGAACACAGAACUCUGUGGAAAUAUACUGAUCAAAAAUAUAAACGCAACAGGUGUUGGUUUAAUGAGCCGAAAUAAAAUAUGCCAUAAAUAUUCCACACACAAGUCUGUUUCUCUCAAAUGUUGUGCACAAAUGUGUGUUUAUCCCUGUUAGUGAGCAUUUCUCUUUUGCCAAUAUAAUCUAUCCACCUGACAGGUGAGGCAUAUCAAGAAGCUGAUUAAACAGCAUGAUCAUUACACAGGUGCACCUUGUGCUGGGGACAAAAGGCCACUCUAAAAGGUGCAGUUUUGUCACACAACACAAUCCCACAGAUGUCUCAAGUUUUUAGGCAGCGUGCAAUUGUCAUACUGACUGCAGGUGUGUCCACCACAGCUCUUGCCAGAGAAUUGAAUGUUAAUUUCUCUACCAUACGCCGCCUCCAACGUCGUUUUAGAGAAUUUGACAGUACGUCCAACUGGCCUCACAACCGCAGACCACAUGUAACCACGCCAGCCCAGGACCUCCACAUCCGGCUUCUUCACCUGCGGCAUCGUCUGAGACGAGCCACCCGGACAGCUGAUGAAACUGCAAAACCAAAGAAUUUCUGCACAAACUGUCAAACCUUAUCAGUGAAGCUCAUUUGCGUACUCGUGUCCCACACCAGGGUCUUGAUCUGACAGCAGUUUGGCGUUGUAAAAAGACUUCAGUGGGCAAACGUUCACCUUCCAUCGCCACUGGCAUGCUGGAGAAGUGUGCUCUUCAUGGAUUAAUCACGGUUUCAACUGAACAUGGCAGACAAGGUGUGGCGUCGUGUGGGCGAGCAGUUUGCUAAUGUCAACGUUGUGAAGAGUGCCCCUUGGUUGCGGUCGGGUUAUGGUAGGGGCAGGCAUAAACUACGGACAACAAACACAAUUGCAUUUUAUCGAUGGUAAUUUGAAUGCACAGAGAUACUGUGACGACGAUCCUGAGGCACGUUGUCGUGCCAUUCAUCUGGUGCCAUCACCUGUUUCAGCAUAAUGCACGGCCCCAUGUCGCAAGGAUCUGUACACAAUUCCUGGAAGCUGAAAAUGUCCCAGUUCUUCCAUGGCCUACAUACUCGCCAGACAUGUUACCUAUUGAGCAUGUUUGGGAUGCUCUGGAUUGACAUGUACGACAGUAUGUUCCAGUUCCCGCCAAUAUUCAGCAACUUCGCACAGCCAUUGAGGAGGAGUGGGUCAACAUUCCACAGGCCACAAUCAACAGCCUGAUCAACUCUAUGCGAUGGAGAUGUGUCACGCUGCAUGAGGCAAAUGGUUGUCACACCAGAUACUGGUUUUCUGAUCCAGUCAUGUGAAAUCCAUAGAUUAGGGCCUAAUUAUAUAUUUUUUAAUUGACUGAUUUCCUGUAACUCAGUAAAAUCUUUGAAAUUGUUGCAUGUUGCGUUUACAUUUUUGUUCAGUAUAGUACGUGGACAUGGAAUGUGGAACUGUGGAAACAGAACACUGCCAUUGUGACCUCUUCUCCCCUCUGUGUUUCCAGCCAACCCUCUGGGGUUCCUGGUUAACCAGCCUCAGUUCCUCCAGAUGAGACGGAUCAUCCAGCAGAACCCCUCUCUGCUCCCUGCCUUGCUACAGCAGAUAGGGAGGGAGAACCCCCAGCUUCUGCAAGUAUGGACGACUCACACACACUACUCUUACCGGCACCAAGGACACAAUGGUGUAGUGGUUACAAUGAGCAGUAGAUAAAACUAGCUGGAAUUCAGCAUUCAACUAGUCUGUCUGCCAAAUCAAUUCCCCUCUGUGUCCUUCAUCUCUUCAGGCCUGCAUAGUGAAGGGAUGAGAUCAGAGCCUGAAGGCAUCGCAGCAGACCCCGCUUGGGAGACUGUCCGUUUAAAACACUGUUGUGCGUCCCAAAUGGCACCCUAUUCCCUUUACAGUGCACUACUUUUGACCAGGCCCUAUGGGUAUCUACUAGCAUGCUAGUAUAUACCCAUAGACUUCCAGUCAUCGCACUAGCGCUAGUUAGCAUUGCCUCGUGAAGCUACCUCUCAACUUCCUUCAUACUGGACACAGACAUAAAAAAUGGUAUCCACAAGUUCAUCUGACUCUGGGGAAGUAGAUAAAGGGCCUCAUUGCGAAAAUCCCGAAGUAUCCCUUCAAGAAAUGGCUAUUUACCGUUGCAAAAACGUUUUGCUACAGUGUGCCCUAAUGAACACCCUGUCUUGUUUCCCUCCCAGCAAAUCAGCAGCCACCAAGAGCAGUUCAUCCAGAUGCUGAAUGAGCCAGCCCAGGAGGGGGGAGGAGGAGGUGGAGGAGGAGGUGGUGGUGGUGGUGGAGGAGGAGGAGUGGCGGUCGGUGGGGAGGCUGGAAGUGGCAUGAACUACAUCCAGGUCACACCCCAGGAGAAGGAGGCUAUUGAGAGGGUAAAGAAUGAAUCUCACAGGUCAUGAUGUCUGUUGAUAAAUGGCUACAGUUAAAUGAGCUAGUUAGCUAAAUCUGGCCCAUUUACAGAAAUGCCAGUUAAUCUGCAUUGUCCGUGUCAAACCUGAUAACGAAAAGCUAAGUGUUGAUAUCAGACUGCGUUCUUUUCAACUGAAGAUGGAUGACUUUAUUACACUCCUACAUACCUACCUAUCGGAGUAAAUGUCAUGCCAAUCCUGUCAUUUCUCUAUUCAGGAACUUUGUUCAUUUAAUUUCAAUAUUGACUUUGUCCGUUUCCUCUUACAGCUAAAAGCCCUAGGAUUCCCUGAAGGACUUGUUAUACAGGCCUACUUUGCCUGUGAGAAGAAUGAGAACUUGGCUGCUAACUUCCUUUUACAACAGAACUUUGAUGACGACUAA